AACCUCGUACUUGGGUACGUACGAGUACCUUACGAACUUGAUUGACGAACGAUCCAUCAUGUCAUUAUUUUUCAAUUUUCACCCGAACAUACGGUAGUACGAAAAGGUGAAAAGAAAGGGCCAUCACAAAAGAAAACAUCGAAGGACCAACUGAAACAGCUUCUGAAACUGUACAGUACCAGGUACCGUGCGGGUUAGAGUUCUCAACGUUUCGCUUCACACAUUACAGAUUUUGAAUACUCGACGCACCACUAAAGUUCAUAGUGGUAGAUACUAUUAAUACGACAAGAUGAUCUUYCUAUCAAAAUACUUCCUUGUCGUCAUGAUCGCGGGAAGCAAUUUCGCAUCAUGUUCCCUUGCCUGGUCGCCCUCCCAAGUGAUUUCCCCUACAAAUAACAUAAAUUGCAGAAGAACACGCAGCAUGUACCAACCCCACCGAUGCACUGAAGGGGUGCAUGUAUGGCUUUUGUCUUCAAUGGCGGACGAAGAUGGAGUGUCGUCAUCAAAAUGUAUCAGCAUUAGCGAAAAAAAUAAUAGGAACCGGCGCGAUGUCCUGUGCCAAGCUUGCAUCGCUGCAACUUGCAUAUCAAUCGCUUUUGUUUUCUCUCCAAAGCCUGCCGUAGCCGACGUGACGAACAAGAUCGCAAGCUCAACUGCUCUUCGAGCCUUGAAGCGAGCUCAAGAUCAGCUGCCCACUAAGUUGCUGCCCGAKGCUCAGGCCAACAACUUUGUGGGAAUUAAGGCCCGCCUCCGGGAGGCCCCCUUUGACGAAUUCCGCAAGAAUGCUCUAAUUUUGGUACGUGGGGGAGAAGACGGUCCCAAGGCCUCUGAGUUGCUUCGAGCUUAUAAGAAGCUGAUUGCGUCUCUCGAAGCCAUCGAUGCAACGGCCUCGCUAGGGAUGAAGGGGCGGAAAGUCGACCCCUUUCAACUGGGUCUGCAAUACGAGGAUGUUGCUAAGGCCCUGAAUUCUUUUUUGGAGGUAGGAGCCGCAGCCUAUGCCAUCCCCCUUCAGGAGGCCCCGUCGAUGCAGGAGAGCCUUCGGUAUGGGAGUAUUGACACCAAGGUAUUGAAAAGUGAAUAGCUAUUUAGUAGUCAGGCAGGUAGAUAAACAAAAACUUGGAGUAUUUUGUCUGAAGUUAGGUGCAUCGGGUCGCAAAGCAUCCAACUACCAAAUUGAUAAAUAAGGUAUUAAAAAAAAAAGCCAAUUAGAUCCUUGUCUAGCAGAGAAGAUUUGAUGAAACAAAUAGUGUAGUAAUGU